AUGACAAAGGUGGAUAAUCCUCCAGAGGAGUCCUCGAAUAGUUCCAUUUCCAUUCAUGAAGCUAGGGAAGAAGAUCUUUACAAUGAAAAGCCCGAUAUCUCAAAAGCGGCGGUCAAGAAAUACUUAGCGACUAGAAUCACUACCUUGUUUGAUAUUCCCAUUCGCAAGACAGAGCUGACUGUUUGGCAGGUAUUGAACCCAAUACCAGGUUUGAAAUUGAUGAAUUCUUCCAACUGGAAUUUUUAUCUCCUUGGCUUUCUUGCAUGGACAGUAGAUUCUAUGGACUUCUUUUGCGUAUCAGCAAGUGCCCCAGAGAUUGCUCAUACUUUGCAGGUGGAUAUUACAGAGAUCACAUGGGGAGUGACACUUGUUUUGAUGCUUAGAUCUGUUGGCGCUUUUAUCUUUGGAAUAAUGUCCGAUUAUUUCGGAAGGAAGUACCCUUAUAUUUUCAUUUGUGGGUUAUUCGUCGUUUUAGAGAUUGGAACUGGCUUUGUUCAGACUUAUCCCCAAUUUUUAGCAGUACGUGCUUUAUUUGGAAUUGCUAUGGGUGCAAUGUACGGGGUGGCAUCAUGCACAGCCCUUGAAGACCAGCCUCCGAAAGCACGUUCUAUACUCUCUGGCCUUUUUCUCCCGGGAUACAACUUGGGAUAUUUGCUCGCCGUCGUGUUUUUCAGAGCUUUUGGAGAUACAUACAAAGGGGAUCAAGGUUGGAGAGCGCUUUUCUGGUUCUCAGCUGGACUUCCACUCAUUCUUAUUGUUUGGAGGUUAUGGUUCCCUGAAUCUAAGACAUUCAUCAAUAUGAAGAAGGAGAAGAAAGUGCUUGCAGCAAAGCUGGGUGUAGUAGAUCUGUGGUUUGACAGAAGUAUACUCACAACAAUGAAAACAGAAUGGUUAAUGUUCGUCUACUUGGUAUUCUUGAUGUCCGGCUUCAACUUCAUGUCCCAUGGGUCUCAGGAUUUGUUCAUCACAUUAUUAGUGAAACAGCAUGGAAUAGGGCCAGAUGCAAAGACUGUUAUUAUGGUCGUGGUAAAUUUGGGGGCCAUCUGUGGUGGUCUCUUCUUCGGACAACUCACAGAGUUGCUUGGAAGGCGACUCACUAUCAUAAUUUGCUGCAUUUUUAGCGGCGCCUUUUUGUACCCAUCUUUCUUCUCCAGUAAUGUAAGUGGCAUUAUUGGUGGGUACUUCUUUUUGAACUUUGGGGUGAUGGGUGCCUGGGGAGUGGCUCCUGUACAUCUCUUGGAACUAGUGAACACGACACAUAGAACGUUUCUCUCGGGUCUCACUUAUCAACUUGGGAAUUUGGCAUCAUCGGCAUCAUCCACCAUUGAGGCAGAGAUAGGCACUCGAUUCCCCGUCAAGCUCGGAGGAGCUACGGAUGCUUACGACUAUGGUAAGGUGAUGGCGAUAUUUUGUGGUGCAGUUUUCGCAUACAUGAUUGUCUUCAUAUUUUUGGGUCCGGAACGGUUCCACAAGACUUUGACGGUGCACGAUAUUGAUGAUGAUAGGAUACAAGACUCUGACCACUUUAGCUUAGCUCUGGAUACCAAGGCGCUGGUAGAGCACAAGCUGAACGUUUGA